GAAUUCCAAGAGAAAUUAAAAUCAUCUAAAUUCCGUUUCUUGAAUGAAAAACUUUACACCACAACAGGUCAUCAAGCAAAAUUGCUCUUUGAAAAGGAUCCUUCUCUGUUCACUCUUUAUCAUGAUGGAUAUAGACAAUCAAUGGAAAAGUGGCCAUUCCAACCUGUUAAAAACAUGAUUAAAUAUUUAAAUGGAAAACCAUUGAACUGGGUUGUUGCUGAUAUGGGUUGUGGAGAAGCUGAAAUUGCCAAGAAUGCAAAGCAAAAGACAAUUCACUCUUUUGAUUUAGUUGCUGCAAAUGAUAAAGUUGUAGCUUGUGAUAUGAGAAAGACACCUCUCUCAGAGGAAUGUGUUGAUUGUGUCAUCUUUUGUCUUUCAUUGAUGGGCACCAAUUUUUAUGAUUAUUUGAGAGAAUCAUCGAGGAUUUGUAAACAAGGAGGUUGUUUGAGAAUUGCAGAAUUGGAAUCAAGAUUUUUAACA